GCUCCAGAGCUGAGGAGGGAGGGGGCGGCCCGGCCCGGCCCAGCUCUGCCCCCAGCCGGCCCGACCCCGGCUCCGGCCCCGGGACUAGCCCUUAUCUGAUCCCAGCUCCUGUUUAAGAGUCCUGGCCCUGCCCGUCGCGCAGCUCCGUUCCUCACUCCGGCCCGUCUCUGCGUGUCCCGCUGCCCAUCCGAGGGGCCACUCCACGCGGACCCAAGAUGACAUCAGUUGCCAAGGUAUAUUACAGUCAAACCACUCAGACAGAAAGCCGGCCCCUAAUGGGCCCAGGGAUACGACGGCGGAGAGUCCUGACAAAAGACGGUCGCAGCAAUGUGAAAAUGGAGCACAUUGCUGACAAGCGCUUCCUCUACCUCAAGGACCUGUGGACAACCUUCAUUGACAUGCAGUGGCGCUACAAGCUUCUGCUCUUCUCUGCCACUUUUGCAGGCACCUGGUUCCUCUUUGGUGUGGUGUGGUAUCUGGUAGCUGUAGCCCAUGGGGACCUGCUGGAGCUGGGCCCCCCAGCCAACCAUACUCCCUGUGUGGUACAGGUGCACACACUCACUGGAGCCUUCCUCUUCUCCCUUGAAUCCCAGACCACCAUUGGCUAUGGCUUCCGUUACAUCAGUGAAGAGUGCCCACUGGCCAUUGUGCUUCUGAUUGCCCAGCUGGUGCUCACCACCAUCCUGGAAAUCUUCAUCACAGGUACCUUCCUGGCAAAGAUUGCUCGGCCCAAGAAGCGGGCUGAGACUAUCCGUUUUAGCCAGCAUGCAGUCAUAGCUGCCCACAAUGGGAAGCCCUGCCUUAUGAUCCGAGUCGCCAAUAUGCGUAAGAGCCUCCUCAUUGGCUGCCAGGUGACAGGCAAACUGCUUCAGACCCACCAGACCAAGGAGGGCGAGAACAUUCGGCUCAACCAGGUCAAUGUGACUUUCCAAGUAGACACGGCCUCUGACAGCCCCUUCCUUAUUCUACCCCUUACCUUCUACCAUGUGGUAGAUGACACCAGUCCCUUGAAAGACCUUCCCCUUCGCAGUGGUGAGGGUGACUUUGAGCUGGUGCUGAUCCUAAGUGGGACAGUGGAAUCUACCAGUGCCACCUGCCAAGUGCGCACCUCUUACCUGCCAGAGGAGAUCCUUUGGGGCUAUGAGUUCACACCUGCCAUCUCGCUGUCAGCCAGUGGCAAAUACAUAGCUGACUUCAGUCUUUUUGACCAAGUUGUGAAAGUGGCCCCUCCUAGUGGCCUUCGUGACAGCACUCUACGCUAUGGAGACCCCGAAAAGCUCAAGCUGGAGGAGUCAUUAAGGGAACAAGCUGAGAAGGAGGGGAGUGCCCUUAGUGUGCGCAUUAGCAAUGUCUGAUAGGUUGGUUUCCCACCUCCUUAUCCCUCUGGUUUCAUUUCUUUUUUGGCACCCUGGGUGAGAAUAUUACCCCGGCUUACUGGAGAGUUCUAGAAACACCUAUUCCCUAUUCCCUUUCCUUUAAGCCAGUGGUCUGUGGGUAGUCACCUCACCCCACUUUUACCGUAUUUUACAUACCUCCCUUAAGCCAGGAUAGGGAAAGGGGAGGGAAGAUUAGGCUGAAGUGGCUUAGAGGCCUCAGCAAUGCUUGGAGACUCAUAUUAGGAAGACCAUGCAGUUGGAUGGAUAGAUUCCCCUCUACUUCCCACCACCAGGAGAAAGUUUGGUGACUUGUGGCUAGAGUCCCCUCCCUCUCUAACUUUCCACCUAGCAAGUUCCCUAAGGCCAGACUCUUUGAUGGUCCCUUUGGGGUCUGUGCCCUCAGAAAUAUAGGAAUCUGGGAUCAAUUUACCCUUGGGGUCUCUACCAACCCCUAUUCAAAGAAGUCAGGGCUUUUCAUGGUGAGUUUCUGUUAGCAACUCCAGACUAUAACCUAGUUCCUUGGUCACCACUAUUUUCCUCUUUCUAGUUUUGAAAGUGAACCCUCUCUUAGCAUACCCAGUUUUCUCAUCGAUGCCUCUGCUCUCAGAGAAUCGGGUUGACCAAGGAAAUAGAAAACCUAUAGUCACAACCACCACACCUGCACCCAUCCUGGAUUCUGAACUUCAGUGUAGAGUGACCAAUGCAGAGCUGUUGUCCAAACCCGUGAACCUGUCCUCCAGGAUGCCCUUGGAGGAUUGGUUUCCCUGUGUCCACUGAAUGGGACGACCCUCGUCAAUAUGUUCCCCUGGAAAAAGUCCAGUGCCUAGAUCCCAUGAAAAGGUUUGGAAAUGGUGUUACAGAUUACAUUGCCCCUGGCUUCUCUUCUUUUCUGCCCAGCCCACUCUUCCCUGAACCCCAAAACUUCAGAGGAAGGCGAGGGGUGGGGGGACGGGAGGGGAAAUCCAAGGGCCUCCCUUUGUUAACACUGUUCAACUAAAAGUGGACUCACAGGGCACAAAGUUCCCAGGAAAGUUACAUCAACCCCACCAAGUGGGAUGAAUAAUUUAUCAGAUUUCUGGACUGCUGUACACAGAGCCUCUGGGAAUUGGCGAUGCUUUGUUAAGGUUUAGGCAGAGGCAGAACUCUGUGGCUGGCAAACACUAUUCUACUUGUUACCCCUCCCAGUGCCCUCUGAAAAGUGCCAGCUGUUUCAUUAGGCAAUGUUGGGAGGGAAGGAAAUUAUACCUCCUGAUUAAUUAACCAUGGUCUCCCUCAGCGAUUCCUGAGACUUGGUAUAAAAUGAAUAUCAGUCUCAUCUCUACUCUCCUUCGCCAUGAGGCCAGUUUCAGGCAAGUUAAAAGGCAUACUUUAAGAGAUCAGACUCAGUCCAUUCCUUGUUCCCUGGCAGGGACUGUGGUAGGGGUCAGGAGAGGUGUAUGGGCACCAGAACCUUCUCAAAAGCCCAAAAUCCCAAGAGUGCUUCCUGGUCUCAUUUAUAUAUCAAGGAACUCCCACCACCAUACCCCAAAGUGGUUCAGCAGACAGUCUCUGUAUGAAUCAAGUGGCAGUUUAUUUAAGGUGGACUCAGCCAAUUGUUACAAGCCACACACUUAUAUAGAAUGUGUACAUGCAUCUGUGUGCAGAGCCUUGCAGAGAAACAAAAUUUUAAGGCUGGAACCAUGGUUACCACUUACUACCUACAACUGCACAAGAUCCUCUUAUAUUGAUCUCUCCUUGAACUCUAAUUAUACCUUGAAAAUGAAGACCCUUUAUUUUCCAUUUAUUGUAAACCCCACCAUUACUCUCUAGUUCUUAGGAAAGCAAGAACCAGAAAAACUUGAAAAUCUUAAACAGAGAACAAAAGGUAAAGAGCCAGCUUCUGGACCCUCAACUUUAUUCAACAUUAAACUUACCUGAUUUCUUUCAAUGUGUAAGGAUAAAAAGUACUGCAGUAUUUGUGUAUGUCAUUUAUCCAUUAGCAAGUUAUCCUCCUUCUAGUUUCUUCUGCACACAGCUGCUUCCCUUCUGAGGGAAUUACUCUCUUCCCAUCCCCUGAUGUCUAUUCAGAUUUUCCUCACAUUCUUGGAUAACAAAAUGAGAACAUUUUCUGACUUACCCUUUUUGAUUCUCCUCCAUGUUCCAGACUUUACUCUAAAUUGCACUUUAAAUCAUACUGUCCUUUCACUUCAACCUGGCUUAUUCUCCCAUAAGCCCCAUCCCUCACUGUCAACCCUAAAUGGCUUUUUAGACCACAGACCUCAUCUUCUCUAAACUGAAAUCCUCUUUCAGGCUAUCAAAUAGGCUUUAGAAGGAGCCAAGUCUGGUAAAAAAAACAGGGUCCCUGACCGAAUUAACAUGGACUUGACAUGUCAGGAGCACUAGGCACAAAUGUUCAGGGGGGAGAUUUCAGAGAAUAGGCUAAACAACUGAUGAGGGCAAAACAAAAGAUGAGAAAGGGUACUACUGAGGAAUCUAGUGAAAUCGAUGACACCCUUGAGUCUUACUUGAGCUAGCAAACAAGAGUAGGUGGAAGCUUGGGGAAUUAGGAUAUGAUAUAUAUGAAAGGUUUAUCUAAGAAGAAACAGAUUAUAUCUAUACCUAUCUAUAUCUAUAGAUACAGAGAUCUAUCUAUCAUCUAUCAUCUAUCUAUCUAUCUAUCUAUCUAUCUAUCUAUCUAUCUAAUCUAUCUAUCAAGGGAUGUAUAUAGAUGUAUAUAGGACCAAAUAUACUGAAUAUACAGAAAGGAAGUGUUCAGAGAUCUCGGCAUUGGGGCAGAUAUCUUGCUGUGGUUUUGGGGUAGGACUCCCCAGAUUUCCAAACUUACAACAAGUAAUCCUGGUUUCAAUAUGGAAGUGAGAUACCUGAUAAAGGCUUUCAGGUUUGAUGAUAGGAAAAUGAGUGGUGGAAGCUUCUCUUCAGAAAUAAACAGUCAUCCAUUGAGACUUCCGAUAAAUCCUGUGCUGCUGAUAGGACCAGGAAGAUGGGAGACAAGAAGAGAAGGGAAACACUCCAUCCCUGGAAAUCUAGGAGAAUCCUUAUUUAUGCUGUGUUCCCAUCCCCAGAAAUGUCUUGUCACUGUAGUACUUCUAAAAAUUUUUAAAUAAAAGCACCCUUCUAUUUCCCUC